GCUAGUUACUUGCUAGUUUGAAGAAAAAUGGCGGACGAAUACCUACUUUUCUAGUGCUCUAACCUAACUACUUGUUUCGCUUCACGCUUCACUUCUAUCUUAUUGAUAAUUCUAUGUUGUCAGUAUAGUAAUAUUAAAGUGUUGCCUGUGGUAUUGUCCGUGGUUGUGUUUCAUUAAUUUCAAUUUGCUUCUGACAAUUGCUGCAAAUUGCUGACAAUUGUAACAGAAAGGGACAAGACAAAAUGAGCGAUCAGGAUCCCACGAGCAUUAUCAGCAUGAUAAAGGACCUACGUUCUGGAGCAGAGUCAUACCGAAAAAGUGUUGGAGUACCGGUGCGUUUCUCAGGAACUGGCUACAUAUCCUCGAAGUUUAAUGAUAGCUCAGACGACGGUAUAGUUUCACCCAAACGGCCAAGAGUGGAUGAUUCCGAUACAUCUAUAAAUAAUAAGACUCAGUCUGAUUCCAUCCCGGGUAGUCCUUGGGAAUGGCGACGUAUGAAAGGAGAGGUUAUAUCCUUAAAGACCAGACUGACACAACAAGAGGCAGCUGUACAACAGCUGCAUAAUAUACGCAGACAAAUGGAAGAGGUCUUUGAAAAGGAGAAAGGUCUUUUGCAAGUCCAGACUGAACAGGAUAAACAAACCAUUCAGCAACUAGAAGUCAGACUUGAUGUCGCACGACGGACAAUCCAAGAUGCAAGGGAGGGACGUGAUACUGCAGAGAAAGAAUGGUCUCAAGUGAGGAAUAAUUUGGAAAGGAAAAUAGCAUCGUUGUUAAACGAAAACGCAAAAUUAUCUGAGGAUUUAAGAACUGCCUCCGCAAAUGAAAAGUCUCCUCCUGCUAAGGAGGUCACCGAGUCAAGUGAACUACAGAUGAAACUGGAGACAGCGGAAGCCAAAGUAGCAAUGUUGGAAGAAAGGAUAAAGGAUUAUCUCAAGAUGCAACAGGAUUAUGAAUUGCAGAAUGUGGAAGUACAGAAUAUGAAAAUGAAACUGGAAAAAAUAGAGUCAGAAAGAGCAUUAUGGGAAGAGGGAAAGCUAUUAGCAGGAAGAGCGGCACGAGCUAAUGAUCUCGAGAAAGAAUUGAAUAUGGCGAAAAAGACGAUUGCAGUACUAAAAGAAUCGGUCAAGGAGAAAUUACUUUUGGAAGAACAAAUGGCUAAUAUGACAAAGAGGCUGGAGCACACUGAGAAAGUAGAGCAGCAAGUGGCAGAGUUAGAAACGAAACGAUCCGAGCUUGCGCUUCGCUUACAGGAAUAUGAAACCAUUGGCAUCAUUGGUGGACCCAUAGCGAUGAAGCGAGAACUGAAUAGACUUCAGCAGGCCGAGUUGGAUUUGAAAGCAGAAGAGGGCCAACUCAGAUCGAGAUUGGACGCCGCUUUGCGAGAAUCGCAGAAUUUGUCAAAGAAUUAUGAGGAUGCGAAGAGGCUGGCCGCUGAUAUGACGUUGUCGAAAGAAAAACUGAGUAAGCUUGUGAACAGGCUUCAGAAGAAGAUGAUCCUUGUCACUAGAGAAAGGGAUAGUUACAGACAGCAAUUAGAUUUGUACGAGAAGGAGAUAACGGUGGACAGUAACAAUGCGAUGACCGAAAGAAUACCAGCUUUAGAACGUGUUAUAGAUGGAUAUAGGGAUCUAGUUAGCAAAUUGGAAGCGGAUCUUCAAGCGGCUGAAACUGGUACUCAGAAAAACGAGUGUAAUAAAUUGAGGGAAGAGCUCGAGCAGUUGAGAGGCGAGCUCGAACAUCGUGCAUUGAAAGGAGACUUCAAUUGUAACGCCCGAAUUCUGCACUUCACAAUGAAUCCUGCAGCGAUAGCGGAGAAACAGGCCGAGGAAAAACAAGCAGCUCUAUUACGAGAAGUGGAGGAGCUUCGUGCCAAAGUAGCAUCGGGAAAUUAUGGAGCGACUGUUUCGUCGUUGCAAAUGAAGGAAAUCGCGGAGCUGAAGCAAACGUAUGAAGUAAAGAUAGCGCGUUUGAAGGAAGCUUUCAAAGCAUCCUCGUCAGAGUUUCGUCAAGCGUGUUACCAGUUGUUCGGUUGGAGAAUAGACAGAUCAAAGGAGGGCUGCUACAAACUGUCAAGUCAAUAUGCCGAGUCACCGGAUGAUGUCCUGUUUUUCCAUGUCGGCGAACGUGUAGAUAUGUUGGAGACUGCCUUUUCUGCGAGUUUGGGCAGUUUGGUCGAACAGUACUUGCAGAAACAGCAUAGUGUUCCCAUGUUCCUUAAUGCUGUACAAUCCGAACUGUUCAGUCAGCAAACAAUAACAAAUGUCAUGACAUAAUAUUGUUUAUGAGUAAAACUGAUAUUUCUAGCUUUGUUGAACUUGAAUAUAUAAUGGAUAUUAAAUAUAUAAUAAAUAAUAAAUUUAUGAUUUUAUUUGUACAAAA